AUGCGCAUUUAUUGUGUGACGUCAUUAUUGUUUUGUCGACUGAGAAACAUGGCUGUUCUGGAGAAGCUGCCGGUGAAUGCCGUGUUUCACGUCGGCGUGGUGCUCCCGUUGGGGACCAUUCUCCUCUGCUACACCGUCGCCACGUUACUGGGUCACGUGCCUGUCUGGCUACCGAUGAUCAGCGACUGCGCCGUCUACCCUCCAGAGAAGUACCCGUUCCGCUGGGGCAUCGUUCUCUCGGCCGCGCUUUUCGCAGUACAAAGCGUUCUCCUGUACGGAGCAGACAGACCGUACUCUAGGAGCAAGGUUGCGCUGUUCUUUGGGCUCUUGACGGCAUUCUGCCUUAGUGUUGUUGGUGUCGUUAACGAAGCGGAGAACAAUACCAUUCACAGCACUGCAGCAGUCAUAUUCUUUGUUGGUUACUGGGUCUACAUGGUGAUUCUAACCUGGCUGCUUCCACAGUACAAGAAAGAAGACAGACCGUCGCAGUUCGCCUAUUUAUUCCGCCAGUUAUGUGUUACUUUGUGUACAAUUGAUCUCGGCUACUUUGUCUUCAUGUCAACCAACUGGGAAAAAUACGGUGUAUACAUAGCCGUCUGUGAAUGGAUUGCCACGCUGCUUAUCUUCUUCUACAACUGGAGUUUUGCCGGAGAUAUGACAAACUAUACGCUGGAAGAAAUUGAAAAUGAAACGCCCGAAAAACCUCGCUCAGACCAUGAAACUGUUGAGGCUGUUAUUGGACUUGCACAGGCUGAGAAGAUGGUAGUCCUGGGUAAGAUCCCGGCAAAGUGGCUCGUCCAUUUCGGAGCCCUGGUGCUGAUGGGCACCAUCAUCGUCUGCUACGUCAUCGCCGUGGCCGACGGUCACGUGAUCCCCUGGCUCCCGACCAUCAGCGAAUGCGGAGAGAAUCCGCCCGAGCAGUACAUAUUCCGCUACGGAAUUCACACGGGAGCGCUCCUGCUGGUGGUUCUUGCGAUAUACAUCUAUACUGCCGACUUCCCAUUCUCUCACGAUGCACUCAACGUAGGACUUGGCGUCGUAUCCGGGCUCUGUCUCGGAGUUGUCGCCAUAUGCGCAUCCAACGAAAACAACACAAUUCACUCGACUAAUGCAGUAAUCUUCUUUGUGUUGGAGGAUGUUCUACUGCUGCGCAUCACACUGCAGAGCAGGGGCAGUCUUUCCCGACUCUCACUGUCUGUCAAGAGUGUGUGCACUGUGCUGACGUGGCUCUUCUCCAUUGGAAGAUGUGCACUCAGCUCUUGGCUUGAUGUACCAGUUCUUCCAUUACUUGAAUGGGGUAAUACGUUUGCCAUCCUAGUCUUUCACUGGAGUCUUGCAAUGGACUUCAGUCACGACUAUUUCCUUGCUGCCUUGAAGAGUGACGUUGGUACAGGAGGUGGAGGUGGUGGGCCUUGGGAGGUGGAGGCAGACAUCUCGUCUCUUCUCUCCAAACACUCCGUUGAGGAGGUGAGGAGGAUUGAGCAGAAGACCAGACUGGACAUCGAGAGGAAGAAGGAGGAGCUGCGACAGUUGGUUGGGGAACGGUAUCGGGACUUGAUCGACGCUGCCGACUCAAUCAUGGAACUAGAAACAGGCUCGAAACAGGUCGGAGGGUCAUUGGGUCACAUGAUCAAGGUGUGUCAGAGUCUUCAACAGACACACUUUCUGAGAGGAUUGGGAGGAAUGCGGGGCCCUCCGGUUAGAGAUGAGGCACGUGAAGUGACGGCCCAGAUGAAGUUGCUGGGAGAUGCUCCAGAGAAGGUUUAUCCCCGCUCUCAGCUAUUUCAGGAGACGAAGAGAUAUGGCAAUCGCAAUAUCUCGAAUAGUAAGCAGCAAUAUCUAGAAGCUUCCAGAAUAUUCCUCAUGGCUCGCUACACGCACACGCAGCUGCAAGUGUCUCUCCCCAAGAACGCUCUCCUCCAGCGACUGUGGCAGGCCACUUCUGGCUUCAGGGCCACCGUCCUGGAAUGCUGCAGACGUCAUCUGCAGGCCACGGAGCAAAAGACGUGUGCCGUCCUCUCCUCUCUCGUUGCCAUAGUGAUGUUAGAGAACUGCACCCUCAGACAAGUCUUUUCUCAGUUUCUUCUUGCUCAGAAGGUGGCCAUUCAAGCUGUGUUCCAUCCUUCCAAACAAAUGCACUACAGUGUGAAGGCCCAACUGUCAGAGCGGUUUGUUUUGGUAGUCGUACAUAGAUCAUCAGACGGUCCAUCGUACUCACAGCCAACAUCUUCUCUCUUCGACCAGCCCAAGUCUCUAUCUCUCUCAGGACUCAUCGAUUCCUCUAUCCUCUAUUCUACUAGAAUCUACUUCUUGCUCUCUCGUCUCUCCCAUCACUCUGUGUUUCACACAGGCUCCUCGCUAUUACUUCAAGCUGUGAAAGACUUUGCCGCUGACCUACAAAAAGUUUCAGUGCCGGCAUCUCUGAGGUCAACGACGGUGUCAGAGGUGCCUUCUAACGACCUCCAGUUAUUGUGUCUGGAGUGGCUUACUGCUUGUGUGGAAGAUGUGAAAGAAUGUGUGAGACCGCUGCUGUCUCACGUGACAACGGUCAGAGCUCUCAGUAACAUCAGGUCUUCACUCCACUCCCUACUGUCUGAGCCUGAGAAAGAAGAACCCGACCCCUCCUCCUCUUCCUCCUCCUCUUCCUCUCGGUCUCAGCGGCCACCGGUAGAGAAAGCCAGUUGGCCUGACGAAUGGCAGCGACUGAGUCGACUUGUGUUUGCCCGAGACAACGUGUGUAUUUGGAACCAGUUUCUGAAACAUCUCUUCCGGGAGAGGGCCAUGGCAAUCCUCACCAAGCAUUUCACAGCUGCAGAGGAACACGCAGUCAACUCGCUGGCCCAACUCCUAGAGGAUUUGACCUCUGACCCUGCACGCUAUUCCAAUGACGUCAUCGUGACAUCGCAACUGUGGGUCGAGGAUGGAGUGGAGGGAGUGAGGGGAGGGUUUGAGGGGAGAGGGAGACAAAACAAACCAACUUCUCUCACCCUGAAAUCCAGAGGGUGCACUCCUAGUGUAUAUAUUUUCUGCCAGGAAGUUGGGAGAAUGCUCCAAGUUAUCGUGGAUGAUGCUUCUCACUAUCUGCUGCCUCGGGAGCCGGCUAGAGGUGGCACCCACCAGCUGGCGACGACCAAGGAGGAGGGCUUUCCUUUCCGUCUCCACGGUGACCAUAAUGAGAUGCAGGAAUUUAUUCGCCACUCGACCGUCGAAUUUGUAAAGAGACACAAGGUCCGUAGUCAGAGAACAGCGAAACAGAAAGAGGAUGCUGAAACUAACACAGUGGCCCAGCUGCUGAACCUGCAGCGCUCCUCCAUACACAAGCCGCUGUCUAUGUCACUUCCCUGCUGUUUGCAGCCUGUCAGGAAAUCAGCAGAAUUGGAGGACACACCAUGGACAGGUGACAUAUUAUUAUUAUACUACUCUCACUUGUCUUGAAAUAACCAUGUAUGCAGUGGAACCCCUCUAAUUAGGACACCUAUUGGACAGCCGAAAGUGUCUUUAUUAGUGAAGUGUCAUUCCGAGAAAAAGUUGGAUUAGAGAGUGUCCUCAUUUCAGGGGUGUUCUUGGAAAACUAUUGCAUACUCUGACCUUCUCUUCAGGAGUGUCCUCCAGCACUUCAGUGGUCAAUGUCUUCGAGGGGUUUUGGAAGUUCACCGCACCUUUCUCGGAUCUGACCCCGCGACCCCAGCUCACAUCCACCAAAACUGCGCUCUCCAGCUUCUCUUCAACGUCCGUUUCGUCUGCAGUGUUCUCUCCAGCCCUCCCGACAUGGAGGAAGACACGGCCAAACUCCAGCAACAAGUACUGCAACAGCUCAGCGGCCACAUUGAUCCGUUUGACCUGACCGUGUUCACUCCCCACCUCCUUUCAGCUCUCGAGCGUCAGCUCCACAGAUCCACUGUACUGCUUGGGCUACUUCUGGCUGUCCGAGGCCCCGCCCACUUAAUGCUGAGUGGACAGAAACCUCCGCUGUCUUCGUCGCAGGAGAAACAUAUCGUCGUUCCUCUUUUCCCCGCGACGCCACGUUUUCCCUCUCUCCCAACAAGUACUCCGGCCCAGGAAACAAAACCUCUCGUAGCAACGACAAACCCGCAGUUCAGUGCCACUGUUGCCCAUCCAGCCUUCUAUUCUCUAGUCAUCAGCAAAAUGGCAGCUGACGAGAUCGAGUGUAUGGAAGGGAACCGAGCUCUGCAAACGGCGCUUGAACUGUCGAUGUUAGAGCUGAACCUUGGCGGGGGACACUCGGCGGGGACCUACAACGGCACCGCUAGCCAGGAGUCUCCGUUCAGCUAUUUCAACGGCAGCGACUCCGGCUCCCUGCUCUCCAGUUCGCCCAAAAAGUCGCAGAACAUCACCCAGUGCGUCGCCGUUCCGAGUUCCGAACACGUCGCCGAAAUCGUCGGGAGACAAGGUUGCAAGAUUAAGGCACUGAGGGCCAAAACCAACACCUACAUCAAGACCCCGGUCCGUGGCGAAGAGCCAAUCUUUGUCAUCACCGGCCGACCUGAAGACGUGUCUGCAGCGAAGCGGGAGAUUCUGGCAGCCGCCGACCACUUCACGCAGAUUCGCGCCUCUCGCCGCAGCAGCACCGUUACUUCUCCUUCCAGUGCGUUCGGAUCUCCGACCGAAGACAACAAAGUCACCAUACUCGUUCGAGUCCCUUACAGGGUUGUCGGGCUUGUCGUCGGACCGAAAGGAGCCACCGUGAAGCGAAUCCAACAGCUCACGAACACUUACAUCGUGACGCCGUCCAGGGACCGUGAGCCGUGUUUCGAGGUGACGGGCUCGGCCGAGAACGUGGAGCGAGCCAAGCGAGAGAUCGAGAGCUACAUUGCUCUCCGCACCGGCGGUAGUCUCGACUCCGACUAUGAAACAGAUUAUCUCUCGCUUCUGUCGCCCACGCUCGAGCCCGUCUUCUCACCGAGCCUCGGCGGGAACGGUAACGGAAGCGGUUCCACCGGAAUACCCACGACCCGCAGCCAUCUGCUCACUCGCAGCGCAUCCGAGAAGCUGUUCCAAUUCCCGAGCCGUCUCAGCAGCAGCCCGCCCAACACGCUGGCCCUCAGCACGCCUCUGGAGGGAAUCGAGCUCAACAACUGGGGCGACAAGCCCACGCGGUGCAGCCCGCUCUCCAGUGCCGUGUUCGGUGCCAAGAGCCUCAGUCAGGAGGGGCAAGACUCCUCGCCUUACUCUUUCAACACCCCAAUGUCUGCCCCUGUUGCGUUUGCCGACCGGGUGUUCGACUUCAGCGAUCUGAGGACCAGUCUCAGGCAUCAACCGCCAAGCCCCACUGGUUCCUGGGAGUCCAACUCCAGCGAGGGAACAGCUGCAGUGUCUCCUAAACACUCUCCUCGUCUCCCGCAGAGGAGCAUCAGCCUCUCGUGCAACGUGUGUCGAAGUCGUGAGGUGUGCGCUGCACUCAUUCCGUGCGGGCACAAUCUCUUCUGCCACAUCUGCGCCCACAAGAUCAGCACCUCGCACGGGAGCUGCCCCGUCUGUCGCUCACAGGUCACCAACAUGCUUCGUCUCUACCAGUAGAGGCCCAGUUUCUGCAACUACCCGUAUCGCUCCUCUCCCCCAAGUUACUAAACCCCCCCCUCCACCCUCUCUCUCACUCCUCCUCUCCCACUUGCCAAAAUUUGCACAUUCCAAAGAUCCAGGUAUCCACUAACAAGAAACUGCUGUCAGAAGAUUAUCCUUAUUUUCACUUUGUGUCCGUCCACCCCCUCCUCUCUCCCUCCCUCCCUCCCUCCCCCUCUCUCUCUCUCUCUGAAGAAGGGUGGUUUAAAAUAUCAUUUUCGGACGCUUCGGUCCAUCUCAAGUUUCUUUGGCAUUUCUAUUCUAUUCUUGUAGAGUACGUGUAUUUCAUCACCACGGCUCACUGUUAGAUUUAUAGUGUUCAGUCUCUUUAUUUGGAGUUUAAUAUAAACGUGAUCAAUUCAUAACCAUUAUCACAUUCCUCAUUUUCAUGUAUAUAAUAUAUUACACAUCUUCAGAGUUUAGGUUGUCUUCAUUUGUAUCAGAUUCAAAGAUUUAUAUAUCUCAGAGUGUUUAUUUGGAAAAUAUAGUAGGUCGCAAACUUUUGUGUGUCCUUCAAUACCAGAUAUCAAUAAGAUCAUUUUUAAAAACUUACUUUGUAUAUGGAGAGCAGCGCAAUUAGUUUUAGGUCC